UGCAGGCGGCGGUGGCGGCUUCGUUGCCGGCGUCUGGGGCUGCGCUGGAGAAGAAGAUGAAGACGGGCGACCAGGAGCGGCGGCGGCGGCGGCGGAGGUGAGGCUGAGGACGAGGCGGGCUGUGCUUUCCCGGCCGACGGAAUGGCUCACGCCGGAGCUGCGGGCAGCGACGAGCCUUUCCCGGGUCCGUCCAGCAGCAGAGAUUUCUCCGGGCAGGGAUGCGGCGAGGGCAUCGUGGUGGUGCGGGACGCCCUGUCGCUGGAGGAGAUCCUGCGGCUCUACAACCAGCCCAUCAACGAGGAGCAGGCGUGGGCCGUUUGCUACCAGUGUUGCGGCUCCCUCCGCGCUCGGCUUCGCCGCAGGGAGCCCCCGGGCGGCAGGGUGGACAGCCCGGCGGACAUUCGCAUCUGGAAGGAUGGAGCCGUCACCCUGGAUUGCGACGCCAGCGGCCGGAGCCCUCCGGGAGCAGGUAAAUCAGAACAUUCACAGUGUUCAGAAACAGAGGUGAUCGAAUCCUUAGGAAUUAUUAUUUAUAAAGCUCUGGACUAUGGCUUGAAGGAGAAUGAAGAGAGAGAGCUAAGCCCUCCCUUGGAACAGCUUAUUGAUCACAUGACUAAUACAGUAGAAGCAGAUGGGAGCAAAGACGAAGGCUAUGAGGCUCUGGAUGAAGGUGUGGAAGAUGAAAAUGAUAAAGAGGAUGUUGAAGUUAUACAGUCUUAUCGGGAUGUCAUGAAGCUGUGUGCUGUUCAUCUACCAACCAGAUCAGAUGCACCAAAUCAUUAUCAAGCGGUAUGUCGGGCUCUGUUUGCAGAAACAAUGGAGCUGUACACAUUCUUGGCCAGAAUUAAAAGUGCUAAAGAGAAUUUGAAGAAGAUUCAGGAAAUGGAUAGAGAAGGGAGUGAUGAAUCCAGCACAGAUCUUGAUGAGUUAAAAAAUGCUGAUUGGGCUCGAUUUUGGGUUCAGGUGAUGCGAGAUUUGCGCAACGGAGUGAAACUGAAGAAAGUUCAAGAACGUCAGUUUAACCCUCUUCCUAUAGAAUAUCAGCUCACUCCAUAUGAGAUGCUGAUGGAUGAUAUUCGGUCAAGACGCUAUACUUUAAGGAAGGUUAUGGUCAAUGGAGAUAUACCUCCACGAUUAAAAAAGAGUGCCCAUGAAAUAAUAUUGGACUUCAUCCGAUCUAGACCUCCGUUAAAUCCAGCUUCUGCAAGAAAACUGAAACCAACCCCACCACGACCACGUAGCCUCCACGAAAGAAUACUGGAAGAAAUAAAAUCUGAAAGAAAGCUGAGACCAGUCUCUCCUGAUGAAAUCCGGCGUAGCAGACUAGCAAUCCGGCCUCUUAGCAUGUCUUACAGUUUUGACUUGUCAGAUGCAUCCACACCAGAGACUUCCAGAAAAGCAUCAGAAAGUUGUGUACUGAAUGGCAGCUUGGCACCUGAAGCAAAUGUGAAUGGCAUUGGCACUGCUCAGUUGGCAGUGCAACGGAAGAGAUUAUUGAAAGCUCCCACUUUGGCAGAACUGGAUAGCUCAGAUUCAGAGGAAGAGACUGUACCCAAAUCAGCUAGUAGCAGUAGCAUAUCUCCGUCUCAAAUGGAAGAUACGUUUCCAGAAUCCACAAGGAAAAAGGUGCCUCCGAAAUUCCUGCCAAUAUCGUCCACACCACAGCCAGAGAGGAGGCAACCACCUCAGAGGCGACACUCCAUUGAAAAAGAAACGCCAACCAAUGUACGACAAUUCCUGCCACCUACAAAACAGAACUCCAGGUCUCUUGUUCCCAGGAUAACAAGUUUCUUUCCAAGGAUGAUGUUCAAAACACAAUUUUCAACCAUAUAUACUGCCUCUCAUCUUAGCUCCCAUCUUUUUGAAGUAGCCCUGUUUGGGGUGGUGAGAACUAUAUAUUUUCUGUUUGAGAAAGCUUUUAACAACAAGUGGAUACCCCAAAAGGAAGAGUUUUGUUACCCAGUAGAAUGCCUGGCUCUCACAGUGGAGGAAGUAAUGCACAUCCGCCAAGUGCUAGUGAAGGCAGAACUAGAGAAGUAUCAGCAGUAUAAAGAUGUCUAUACUGCCCUCAAGAAAGGAAAGCUCUGUUUUUGUUGCCGAACACGGAGGUUUUCUUUCUUCACCUGGUCCUAUACCUGUCAGUUUUGUAAAAGGCCAGUAUGCUCACAUUGUUGUAAAAAGAUGCGCCUGCCAUCAAAACCAUAUUCUACUCUUCCUAUCUUUUCUCUGGGGCCUUCUGCUUUGCAGAGAGGAGAGAGUUUUAUGAGGCCAGAUAAACCUUCCACGAGCCAUCACCGGUCAUUAAGAGGCAUAUCCAGGUUGUCCUCAAAGGCCAAAUCUGUAGAUAAAUCUGACGAAGAAGCCCUGUUUCCAAAAGAGCUAAUGGAGGACUGGAGCACCAUGGAGGUGUGUGUGGACUGCAAGAAGUUCAUUUCAGAAAUAAUCAAUUCAAGCCGCCGCAGUCUCUCCCUGGCUAACAAGCGAGCCAGGUUAAAAAGGAAAACCCAGUCAUUCUACGUGUCAUCCCCGGGAACCUCGGAGUACUGCCCUUCUGAGAGAACUAUCAAUGAGAUCUGAGCCUUGUGCCUUUCUCUUUGUGUUGUUUUCACAAGGUCCUGAGAGAACUCAUCGAAACGAGCUUGUUUUUCCUUUCCUUUGUUCUGACAGCUUACAUUUGCAUUAGGUCACUGAGUUCACAACUUCAUUAUUUACAGGGGGGGAAAAUCUGAAAUUAGGCUAUGCAGCAGAACAGCCAAUAAAUUUGUUUGCACUGAAAGAAAAGAAUUAGAAAUCGUUGCCUUUGCGAAUGUGCGCAAUGUACAAAGAGAGCCUUUAUUAUUUUUUCCCUUGUAUUCAUUCCUUGAUUCAUUUUCAGAGUCAAAACUAUAUACUGAGAGAUGAACCAUAUCUAAAAAAGGUGAUAGCAUUAGUUUGGCUGUAACCGUCAAACAAUGUUGGCAACUGAUUUCCAAUUAAUAUAAUUUAUGUUGUUCUCUGUGGCACACAGGCCUAUGUUUUACAGGAAAAAAUGGAGGUAACCGCUGUUAAUGCCUAAUGAUAUAGCACAAAGUUUAAAAUAAUUUACUGAUGUGCUCAGAAGGGUUGACUGUAGUCCGAAUGACAGAUUUUACAAUAUCUGGGUUCAGUAAUACAAUGCUGAAUAAGCUAAAAGACUGGCUAGAUCACAUUUUCCAUCAGCUGCUGCUGUUUUAAGUCCCAAUAUAAUGGUUAGUGUGUUUCAGUCUAAGUAACUGUCCUUUCUUCCCUAUCUUGAAUGUAUUCUGAAUGUUAAUUGUAGUCAUAGCUGUAGCUUUUAGAAUUGUGCAAAAUUAUAUUGUUUAUGGGGAAGGUGCAAGAGAAGUGCAACUUUUUAAUAUUAAUGAGUUUUUAUAAAGAAUAAAACAUUCUCUGGGUGACAACCCUGAGAAAGUAGCUAAUAAUGUAUAUGUGUAUUAUAGUUGAACGUAUAUGUACUGCUAUAACCAAGAGUCUGGAGAACGUACUCAUUGUAUAUCCCAUUUUUACAGGGGUUUGUAUUUUGGCUGUAAAAAAAUUUUAUAACCUGCAAAAUUUGAGACAGUGGUGUUCUCAGACUGGAAAGUUUUUUGUUGCCGUUUUCUUCCUAACAAGGGUUUGAAGAAACACUGUCUUCUUGUUUUGAAGUUCCAGUAACGUUACCAAACAUCACAUUUUUGCACUCUUUUGUAUUCAAAUUUUUAAACCUAAACAAAACUGGAGUGUAGUGUGUAGCAUGGAGAUGGAUUAUUUUUGUAUUUAUAACAGCUAAGUUAUAAAUAUUCACAAAUCAUCCAGUAGAUAUGAACGAGACUUUUCAUAAGGUUCUUAAUGACAGCACCCAUAUUUAAUAUCGAAAUAGAUGUGAUAUCUCAGCACACUUCCAAAAUAGGCAAAAUCUACUUAAAUGCUAUCUCAAAAUAUACAUGAAGACUAAUUCAUACCUUUAAAAAAAGUAUGGGCCAAGAGAUUCUAAUAUUACUAUUAAUAGACAAGAUUUAUUGCUCUGAUGCUGCUGCAAUAUUAUACCAGCUUCAAACUAGAUAAGUCAACAUUGAGGUCUUAAGAUGUGCUCCCCAGUUUCGUUACCUUUAAGCAAUUCAUUCAAGACAUAUUAUUACUCCGGUGCAAUUAAAUAGAAACUGCAGGUUGUGCCUGCUCUAGAGAUCAACUUGGAAAAUGGUGCUCUUUUAGAAUUUGAAAGCUUUUCUUCUCUGAAAGACUAAACAUGUAAAAUGCCCCAACAGUGCUACAGUUUUAUAGGGAAAGCCAUGAUAGUCCCACCAGUUUAAAACGAGUUUAUAUUUUAGUGUCGACAUAGCCUUAAAGAGGACUGUCAUUGAAUUCAAACUCUUUCUAAUGUUUCAGCGCAAUCCACCGAUUUUCAUGGCCCUUGACUAAAAUUGUUGUUGGAAUGAAUGAUUUGUGAAUAGCAUUGAAGUUAUUUAAUCCAUUUUUUUGUUAUUUUUGGAAGUGGCCAGAUCACUUCAAGGUAAUAGAUUUUCUGGACUAACAGUUAAUUUUACUAAACUGUUAUUUGAGAGCUGAUAUCUGGUAUAUCGCCACAUAUUUAAAAUCAGCGGCAUUACAUGUUAAUUACGAAGACAAAUUGAAUUUCAUCUUAUGAAUGGACUAGUUGGCUCUCCUUUUGGUGUGUUAGAAGAAAGGCUAGACCUUUAAACAAUUUGAAAAAUUAUGAUAGCUCAAGUUUUUAAAUAACUUUUUACUUCCAAACUCCAUAAACAAUUGAGAAGUGUAAUUCAGGUGUCACAUUCUAACCCACAAAGGCAUUUGAAACUGCUUCUGAUGUUUCUGUGUGACUAGGAAAGGCAUUAAAUGUAAAUAGGGAUUAAAGCAAUUUCCUGCAGAAAUACUUAAAGGGCUUUUGAAGGAAGAACUCUGUCUUCCCAUCUUUUUUACUAAAUAAUUUUUUACACAGCCCAUGGUAUCUUUUGAUUAUUAUACUACAUGUUUGCUUUUGUGGUUCCACAGACCCCAAGAAAACACUGAGAGUGGAUUGCCUGCUCCAAAUUGGGAAAUCCCUGGAGGUUUGGGGGUAAAAUAUAAGGAGGGAGCUCAGAAUGGAUGUGAUGUCAUAGAGGCCACUCUCUGAAGCUGCCAUUUUCUCCAGGAGCUCCCUUGUAAUUCUGGGAGCUUCCCAGGACCUGUAAAUUGGCAACCUUAGGGAAAACAUAGCCCUAGCCUUUAAUCUGGCAAAAGACACUUUAGUCAGUUCUGUGAUGUUGCUGCCUUUCUUCAUUUUGAAGCCCAAAAGUGUCUAUCUGCUUCACUAUGUUCACAUCACCUUACUAUUAAUAUUCUAAAUUUGUUCAGAGUAUUCAGAAAUUGUCUUCUGCUUCUCUACUUUUUGCAAGCAUUUUUGGGCUUUACAGGCAGUUUAGACAGAUAAGACAGACUUGUAAAUAUCUGUAAUGUAUAUAAAGUUUAGAAUGCUUCCAUUUUUUAUGAGGUAGGAAUAGACCUUGUGAAGACUGGGAAAAUUUGAUAAAAAGAAAACCUACUGUUAACAUAAAAACUUUAAAUGUGGCAUUCCACAAUCUAUAGUAAUCUUUUGAGUUUUAAGAAGGAGAAAGGCUGCCUCAUGCAAUAAACUUGACAUCAUUGCAAUUUUAAAGCAUUUCGUUUUUCUGACAAUCUGGGAUGUGUCCAAAAUAUUGUAGAAGACAUUUACCCACUUCAGUGCUCUUAUGUACAUGAAAACUUGUGGGAAAUUCCCAGCUAUUCUUGCUUUGCCGAGGGUAGUAAGAUGCCCACUGCUACAGCCAGAUGUGUAGACAACCCAUACUCUGAUGCAUUCAUGGUGACAAUGUUUCUUUAUUCUUUUUCAAUGAAAUCAGUAAUUACCAGUGGGAAAUAAAAACACCAUUCUGUCAUA